UUAAAUCAAAGGAUGGUUGUUCCUGUGGUUUGUUUAGGUUGUUAAACUGCAUGACUUCUGUGCUAAUGCUUAAGCAUGGCCAUCCCUAUAGCCAUCCUGGACUGUGAUCUGCUCUUACAUGGUCAAGGCCAUAAGACCCUGGACCGCUUUGACCUGGGCUCCGUCCCAGACACUGUCCUCCUCUCCCAAUUUGGCUUCCCGAGAGAGUUUAUUCUCUAUCUAGUGGAAUUACUAAGAGAGGCUCUCUGUAGACGCACACAGCGAUCCAGAGCCAUCAGUCCUGAGGUCCAGGUGUUGGCCGCUCUGGGCUUCUACACAUCUGGCUCAUUCCAGACUUCCAUGGGCGACACUAUUGGGAUCAGCCAGGCAUCAAUGUCAAGAUGUGUAUCUAACGUGACCAGAGCCCUGGUGGAAAAAGCUCCGCAGUUCAUCGCGUUCAACAGAGAUCCCUCCAGCACAGAGCAGUUUCAGAGGGUUGCAGGAUUCCCAGGAGUCCUGGGAGUGCUGGACUACGUUCAGGUCACCAUCAAAGCUCCCAACAGCGAAGACUCGUCAUACGUGAACAAGAAGGGGUUUCACUCCGUGGGCUGUCAGCUGGUUUGUGAUGCCAGGGGAUUGUUACUCAGCGCGGAGACACACUGGGCAGGAGGCCUCAGAGACACGGAUGUCCUAAAAAGAUCUACUCUCCACAAACAGCUGCAGGAGUUAGAAGAGGGUUGGCUGCUGGGGGACCGUCGUUACCCUCUAAGGAGGUGGUUGAUGACCCCGGUGGACUCCCCAGAGUCCCCUGCAGAGUUUCAAUACAACCUGGCCCACACGGCUACGCAUGAGAUAGUGGACAGGACCUUCAGAGCUAUCCAGACCAGAUUCCGAUGUUUGGACGGCACCAAAGGAUACCUACAGUAUUCUCCGGAGAGGAGCUCGUCCAUCCUGCUGGCCUGCUGCGUCCUCCACAACGCAUCCCUGCAGUCCGGGUUAGACGCCUGGACUCUGGAGAGAACGGACCCGCUGGAGCAGCCCGAGAGCCUCGAACAGAGACCUGAGGACCGCGACAGCCAGGCGGAGGACCUCCGAAAACAGCUGAUAGCCAAACACUUCAGCUGAAAGGCGGGUCGAAAGGAAGACAAGACUAAAUGUAUAUCUUUUUUAAAAAAAUGACAUGAAAGUUGUCAUUUGAAGCCAGAAAGUCCACAGACACAGUGUUGCUGAUGCAGGUUUUUUAUAUUUUGCUUUUUUCUACUCUACUGACUACACUAAGAUAACAUAGUUGUAUAUGGAGGAACAUGCAAGACGCUAUACAACAAACAAAGACAACAUUAAACCCAAACACAUUUGAAACAACUUGAGUUCCUGGACAGCGCUGGAUUAUUUCUGCUCAAACAUAUUCAUGAAGAGGUCGGAAUAAUCAAGCGCUCCCUGGAGGUUUACAACUAUUUGAACUGUGUGCAGCUGCUGUGUUACCUAAGCUUCUUUACAGGUGUAAAAAGUCCCCUCCCUUUUUUUCAACCCCCCCACCCCUUCCCCCACUCUUUAC